AUGACUCGUCACCUAAACGUAAAUAGCGCCUGCGCCUGGCUUGCUGCCAUCGUCUGCUUCGUCUUCUGCUGGUCCUUCAGCAACGCCAGCAUGCACAAGGAGGACGCCGAGAGGGAAUCUUGGGCGGAUGAUGUGGAGAAUCUGCAGAAAGAUAUCUACGUCAGCGAGCUGAUCAAUCGGCUGCACGCCCUUAGCGACGGCGAAGAGAUCGGUCUGGCCCACAAGCGCGGGCUGGACUUUGGUCUGGGUCGCGGCUUCUCGGCCGCGCAAGCCGCCAAGUACAAGAUGGGUCUGGCAGCGGCGGCCUUCCCGGGCGGACCCGGCCGCCGGCGACGCUCCGUGGAGCAGGCGCUCCAUCUGUAA